AUGGACCAGGAUGUCGACAUACCCAAAGUCAAGCAACCUGAUAAUGACAAUGAGGUCGACAUGUCCGCUGCAGAAGCCAUCAAAUUAGCUGCCGAAGAAGAAGAUCAUGAUGACGGUGAUCAACGCCACAAAACAGCCAGCAUUGAACUCGGUGAUGAUGACGCCGAUCUCACCGUGCACCUCUCGCGCGCCGAGUCCAGGCUCUACGAUACGGAGGCAGCCGACGGCGACGAAGAAUACGAAGGGGAGGACAGCGAACCUAAGAACUGGUGGUCUGACGAUCCUUUUACACAGUUCAAACUGUGGGCUCGAGCCGAUCAAGAUGUACGCGUUGAACGACGCCGUCGCGGCGGUGCGAAGAUCCUUGUUGAUGAGAAUGGGUUAUUCGGCAAACAACCUAUUUUAUCGUUCAAGCGUUGA